AUGCAGUCCUUCCGUGAGCGCAGCGGUGGUUACCACAGCAACCAACCCUGCUACCAGCAGGAGCCCCAUGAAUUAUCCCGCCUGGAGACCUACCGGCAACACCCGCAUCAUCCCCACCCCCAGCAUCCGCACCCAGGCCCCGGUCCACAUCCAGGCCCGGGCCCGGGGCACGCCAGGUCGGGCUAUGAGGCCCAUUCGCUGACAAACCCUACGAGCAUGACCCCAGCUGGAGGACCGGGAAUUGGAGGAGGACCCAAGGACUGUUACAGCCAGCAAGCCUACGCUGGAUACCCAGGAAAUGGUGGAGGGAACGGAAGUGGAAAUGGGGGCUCAGCACCAUCACAGGCAAAGAAAGCCUUCAGAGGAAACAAAGUGCCCCCACCAAACCCCGGUCAGCACCUGCAGGGUCCUGGGGGCUACAGCAACCACAUGGGCCCUUCAAAUUACUCAGCCCAGUAUAUAAGCGAGGGCCACCUGCAGCAGAAGUGGGAGGACCCCGCCCAGUUAGCACAGUAUGACCAGGAGAUGGUGGGACGUUUGGAGGCUGGUGGUACCCCUGCCCCUAGCUCCUCCCAGUACAUGGACCAGAACAUGCUGGGGCACUCCCAGACGCAGUGCCACCAGCCCUCUACCCCUGCCUACACCAGCCCCCACCACCAGCCUCACCCCCCUAACCCUGCCCCCUCACCUCUCAUGUACCCCCAGAGUCACCUGCACUACCCGCAGCACUCACCCUCCCCAUCGUCAUACAUGGAAAAGUGCAGCCCGAUGCCCCAUUGUUAUAAAGGUUACAGUAUGCCUCCAAAUUCCCAGUAUGGCAGGCAAAUGAGCAGCCACAGCAAUCUGAAGCAGGGGGGCUACAGGUCGACCCAGAACAGUUACGGUUACCAGCAGGCUCCCUCUAGAGGUUAUGAGCAGCAGCCCCCUUUACAGGCCAUGACCAACCCCCAGGAGCCCCACCCCAAAUACCAACACUACAGCCAAGCCCAACAAAACUACUGUCUCUCAGAGCUGCCUGUCAGGUCACCAGAACAGUAUUACCAGACUUGUAGCCCCUCCUCAAGCCACUCUCCUGCACGCUCUGUAGGCCGCUCCCCUUCCUACAGCUCCACCCCUUCGCCACUAAUGACCAAUCCAGAGUCAUUCCAGUACGGUCAACCACCCAUGACCCCUGGGACAGCCUCGUCCUCAUCGUCCUCUUCCACUGGAAUGCAGGAGCAAGCCAGUGCUAACACCAUGCUGAUGCCCCCACGCUCACACCCCUCACCCAAUGUACCCCAUGCAGCCCCCCACAGCUACACUACGACACCGCAGGUCCCCACCAUGAAAGAACGUUUCUCAGAAAAACUAUUAUCAAACCCCAGCUUGUGGAGCCUGAAUGUCCUCACCUCUCAGGUGGAGAACAUCUCCAAUAAUGUCCAGCAACUGCUGCUCUCAGAAGCCCUGGUUGCAAACAAAAAAGGCAGCAAGCGCAGCAGUGGAGGGAGCAACAGCAGUGCUGGAAGUGUUGCAUCCUCCAAAAAGGGUGAGGAGUACAAAAGUCCUCCAUAUCCAGAUGGGGGUGGUAGUGUCGGUGGGGGCCCCAUGCAGGACCCUUACUCCACCCCACAGCACCAGCCAAUGCCCAUGGAACUCCAUGAGGGUGGCUACUCCAGCAGCAGCGAUGAACCACUGGAAAGAGGCUACUACUACUUUGGCCAGGGCAGAAGUCCAGCCCAGGCUCACAACAACACACAGCUCAGCCUGGACACAGCAUCUUCAUGCUCCAUGGCAUCUCCAGAUGAUAUGUCUACUAGGUCUGGGGACUCAGGUCUGCACAACCUCACACCUGAUCCUACUAGAUGUCAGUCAGGGCAGGGAGGAGAUGGCAUAAGUACACCAGUGAAGAGCAUUGGUGAUGAGAGGUCACCAACAAGUAUUACAAUCCCCAGCCCUAUGAAACAAGAAAGAGACUCUCCUUCAGAUAUACAGCAUAUCAAUGAACCUGUCAAAGAGAACUUUGAAGAAUCAGCUUGGACAGAAAAAUCGGGUGACAAAGAGGAGGUGACAAUAGAAAAAACUCCUGCCUGUGAGAGAGAUUCAGAGACAACUAAAUCUCCAGAGAAGCUAGAGAAAUGGUCAGAUGACGAGAAAAGCCCAGCUGUCUACGGCAAAUUAAACAAAGAGGUGACAGAAAAAAGGUACUGCUAUGACGAGACAGUGUACCAAGAGGUUCCGAGCAAAUACGAUCCCGAUGCAAGAGACUCCGUUGAACAGUCUCCAGCAGCUCUCUCUGACUCCAGCCACAAAGGUCACUUUGGCCAAGAGAUGAAAUCAGAGGCCUUCAAAUCAGAAUCUCCAACUGCGUCUGAGAGCUCGGUGAAAACGCUGCCUUUUAUUUCUAGGGGCGACCUUGAGCCAGAUCAAUACUCCACAGAGAAGGAGGACAGCUCAGAGAGCACCUCUCCAACGCCCCAAGUUGAGGCCUUGGAAGAGAGCAACCUAGACAAGAGAGAGAGCAGAGAUCAGGAGAAUGAAGAAGAGGGAGGAGAGAAGGCAGGGGGAGAGGAGGAGGAGGAUAAUAAAGAGGAACAAGAAGAAAUACAGAAACAACAGGAAUGUUCUCUUUCUCCUCCUUUGUCUGCAGAGGUGAGGGAGGAACUGGGGGAGGGUGAGACAGAGAGCCAGUCAUCAACUGAGGAGCACAUGAAUAAUAGAGAUGGGCCAGAGAAGCCUUCUGGAGACCUCAGCAGCAGGACAGAGAGUCAGAGUGCUGAGCUCCAUACUGACAAUGAGUUUGCAGGAGCACCUGCCCAUCCGAACACAGCAGCAGCAACCGCAGCAGCAGAUGCAUCUGCAAUGGAGUCAGCCAUCGGUGAUACUGCGCCUCAGCCGCAGUCUGCUAUGCCAGUCUUCUCUGCUCUCAAUGACAAGGCAACACCUCCAGCUCUGGCCAGGGAUCAUAUUGAUCACAGUGAUGCUAAAGUGCUGGAGCCAGACUCUCCUCAGCUACCAGGAAAGUCGAUACUUCCCUCAGCUCCCUCCUGGGCAGACACUCCACCCUCCCCGAAAAAAGGUGAUGAGGACAUGGAACCAGGCAUCAGCUGUGCCAGUGCUGUGACCCCCUUGGCCAAACCAGAGCCUGUCGUCCCAUCUGCUCAGCCGAGGGCAUUCGGACGUAAGCAUGCCAGGGGCAGAAGGAGAAUCAUGCAUUCAGGUGUGGGAAUCAGGCGACAACUCGCCUUAGAGAGGGAAGGGGAAAAGGAAGAGGAGCGAGCUCCCUCGCCUGCACAAAAACCGAGCAUGCCUCCGAGCAAAACUGUGCUAUUCUCAGAUCAAAUGGACCUAGCUCAUCAGGAAUCUAUUGUGAGCCAAACUCCCAAAAUGUUAGCUGAUGGUUUUCGUUCAAGAAUGUGCACUCGCUCAUUCAAUGCACCGGAUUUGCCACCCAAAGUUGAGCCUCACGUCAAGAGAAAACCAGGCCCAAAACCAGGCUCAAAGCCAGGCCCAAAACCAGGGCCCAAGCCAGGGGCAAAACCAGGGCCCAAACCAGGGGCAAAACCAGGGGCAAAACCAGGGCCUAAACCUGGUCUAAAGCCUGGACCAAAACCCGGACCAAAACCCGGGCCAAAACCAGGGCCAAAACCAGGGCCAAAACCUGUGCCAAAUGAACCAGAGCUGCCACCGAAAAUUGAGACUCCUAUAAAACGAAAGCCAGGUCCAAAACCAGGUUCAAAACCUGGACCAAAACCUGGGCCCAAACCUGGAUUAAAACCUGGACCAAAACCUGGUCCAAAACCUGCUCUAAAGCCAGGUCCUAAACCAGGACCUAAGCCUGGAGCGAAGCCCUUAGACGUGUUGCCUCCCACUGAUAUGGCACCCAUCAGGGCCCCAGUGGGUCGCCCUAAAGGCUCAGUGUCCAAAGCAAAACUGGUGCAACAAGAAGAAAUAAUUCAACCUGCAACAGGACUGCAGAGCAGAAGCAGGAAGAGCCUAAAAGCUAUAAUAUCAGUAAACCAGGAUGAAAAACUAACACAGCCUGAGGAAAAACAAGCACACCAUGAGGUCAAGGCACCAGAGAAGGAGGGUAAGAACAUGGUCUUGAGAUCCAGAAAGCCUUCACAGGAAAAACUAUCAAAAGAAAAAGAAAAAAUCAUAGGUGAAGACUUUCUAACACAGACACUAACAGAAAUUAAAGCCAGUGAUGUUUCUCCAAAAGCAGAAGAGCUCACACCUGUGGAACAAACUCUAGCUCCCAUUCCCAAUGCAGUCAAAACCACAGAUGUUCCAGGAGACCCACCUGUACUGUCAGUCCCAGCUGAGCAAUCUGAAGAAAAGACACCCCUUCUACUGAAGCGAAAGCCUAGCCCAGAACUUUCUACAACACCAGUAAAGAAAAAAAGGGGUCCAAAACCUAAACCAAAACCCUUACCACCCGAACCCACCCUGCUGGAACAGGCUGUCCCUACACCGAAAGAGAAGGGGGUUCGGGGCCCCAAAAGAAAGCGAGGGCCACCCAAGAAAGCCUCCGUGGUCGUUCCUGUAACCAAAGACACUCCUCCCAGCAUCAGUGGACCUGACAUCACUAGUGAUGUGCCUGUGGCGCCGCCUCAGUGCCCCACCAAAACUAAAGUUCUCCCACCACGCAAAGGCAGGGGGCAGAAAUAUGAGGCCAUGGUGCAGAAGAUUACGUCUCCUGGCUCAAAGAAACACCUCCCAAUUCCCCAGCUAGACAGCAAUCUAACUGACGAUGUGACAACCAAGGCUUUGUCUGAACAUGUCCUGAAGGAAGGGGAGACGUCGUUGCUGAUAAAUAACACCGACGUGGCAGAAGGACUGAAACAGCAAGAGGGGGUGGUGAGAAAAGAGGAGGUGGCACAAGAGAGAGAAAAGCAUGAGGUGACUCAAGAGAUAUCAACACCAGAAGGGGUGAGACAAGGGGUGGAAGAAGAGGUUGUAAAUAAGAACGAGACAAAACUGGAGGAUGUCGUAGCUGACAAGGUUUGGAGUUCAAUCGAGUCCCCAGUAGAAGUCCUGGCUCCAGGUGACUGGACACAGCAGGCCUUAGAGGGUGCAUCUACUGUCGCAAGCAAGUCCGCCAGGACCAAAAGGAAGAGAUGGGCCAUGGUGGAGAGCACAGAUGCUUCAGUAGUAGCCUUGGAAGCAGGGAGCCUAAUAGUUACAACACCAAGGUUAGCCAAGCAGAGGGCCAUUAAAAACAACCACGAGAUGCACCUAAAGCAGAGGAGAAAGAAGAGAAAAGGCCAAGGCGGCCCUCUGGAGGAAACAGAGAUUGUUGAGGAGAUAAACACUGAAGCAGCAGAACAACAAGAGAGUUUAGAGGAGAAGGGAACCCCCACAGAGUCCACAGUACCUCUGCCAAUCAGCCCAGAUGAGAUCACAGAGGCCUCCCAGGUUACCAGUACAGAAGUCAUCCUCAAACCCCGAAGAGGCAGGAAACCAUCAGCAAACCCAACCAAAAGGAAAAGAAGCAAAGCUUCAUCAGAGCAGAUUCUUGGCAAGCCAGUGAAGAUACACAAAAAGCCUGGGCCAAAACCGGGGAUGAAAGAUGCCAUGGAGGUAAUAGAGGCGGUAGUAAGAGCUGCUAGUUGUGAACAGACUGAAAAAGAGGAGAGAGAAAAGGAAGACAGGGAAAGAGGAGAACCAGAGACCACAGAGAAAGAGGAAACAUGCAUUGUGGGUCCUGUAGUCACAGUAUCAGAGAAACAGACGGAGGUUAUAUCUGUGAAAAGAAUUCGGCGCAGACCAGUCCAUCAAAAUCCUAAACUAUCUUUCUGCCCUUAUGUACGGAUUAACAACUCCAGAGACUUUUCCUCUUGGUGUGCCAUCGUCAACAAACCCGAGGACGCCGUCAUAUUUCAGAGACGCAGGAAAAAGGGCAUAUUAAGAAUGAGGAAUCCGUUCACGGUCGCAAAAGUAGUGCCACACACUGCUGCCAUGUUACAGGGACCCAUGGUAAAUAAAAAUCUAAUUGGUAGGUGUCUUACAUGUUCCCUGUGUGGAAAGCCAGCAAAUUACAAAGACCUGGGGGAUUUAUGUGGACCCUACUACACAGAGGACGGCGUUCCACGGAAAAUCCUGACGAUCAGGCACACAGAAUCCUUCAGGGAAGACUCAGACAAGCCUAAUGACGACAACAGUAGCAGCAACGAGGCACCGGGCAACUCCUCAAAGACUGAGGGUGAGGCCAGCACAGAAAAGGAGGAGAACACGGAAUCAUCCUCUCAAGAGGGCAGCGGUAGCAGGCACCAUCACUGGCGCUACCGACGGGCGGAGAGAACAGAAAGACCGGGUCGGGAGGGUGGUCCGCGAAGAUUAACGCUACGAGAGAGGUUCAGGAGGAUGAAGCAGCUCCAGGCCAUCAGCACAUUGGCCCCGGGGGACCAAGAGGGCAACGACAGCAUGUUCCAAAGGCUACAAAUGGAGGCAGAGGCUAAGGAGCACUGGGCCCAUGAAAACUGUACCAUCUGGACCAAGGGGAUAAUUAUGGUAGCUGGGCGACUAUAUGGCCUGAAGGAAGCUGCCAACAACUCAGCCCAAACGAGCUGCUACAAGUGCCAGAUUGUGGGGGCGUCCCUCAGCUGCUGUUGGAGAGGCUGCUCUCAUAAAUACCACUAUGUCUGCGCCAAAGAGAUAGGCUGCACAUUCCACGAGGAUGACUUCUCCAUCAAAUGUCCAAAACAUGAGGUAAGGAAAAAACCACAAAACUAG